ACGCGUAAACGUUCGUGCCGCGUUUGGCGGUUCCCGGCUAGUCCGGUACGCGGUCCGUAGGGUAGGUUCGCUCUGGUAUAAGCAAACAUUGCUUAUUCGUACAGGUAACACUCCAGCACCAGAAUGGACUUCCAGCACCGCGCUGGCGGCAAGACGGGUGGCGGCGGCCAGGCCUCCUGGUCUGAGUCGAACCGUGACCGGCGCGAGCGGCUGCGCCAGCUCGCGCUCGAGACCAUCGACCUGCAGAAGGACCCCUACUUCAUGCGCAACCACCUGGGCUCGUAUGAGUGCAAGCUGUGCCUGACACUGCACAACAACGAGGGCUCGUACCUGGCACACACGCAGGGCAAGAAGCACCAGGCCAACCUGGCGCGCCGCGCCGCCAAGGAGGCGCGCGAGGCGCCGCAGCAGCCGGCUCCGGAGAAGGCGCGGGUGGACAUUAAGAAGUUCGUCAAGAUUGGUCGUCCCGGCUACCGCGUCAACAAGCAGCGCGCGCCCGACAGCGGCCAGCAGAGCCUGCUGUUCCAGGUGGACUACCCAGAGAUAGCCGACGGCGUGGUGCCCCGCCACCGCUUCAUGUGCUACGAGCAGAAGAUCGAGCCGCCCGACCGCAAGUGGCAGUACCUGCUGUUCGCCGCCGAGCCGUACGAGACGAUCGCCUUCAAGGUUCCCAGCCGCGAGGUGGAGAAAAGCGAGGAGGAGAAGUUCUGGACUCUCUGGAACAAGGACACCAAGCAAUUUUUCCUGCAGUUCGCCUACAAGAUGGAGCCGAAGCCGGUGCGGGCCGAGGGCCCGCCGCCCACCAUC